AUGACUCUAAAGCAGCUGCGAAUUCCUAAUUAUGCCCUCGGUGAUAUUUCACAAAAAGACAAGGUCAUUGUCACGGGUAAUUUCGAUAAUUGGGAGCACACCAAAUUCGUUCUGAAACGCAACUCCGAAGAUGACAGUUUUGAGGUCGAAGUCCCAGCAGUGAGUUCCGGAGUACUCACCUUCAAGUUUGUGAUUAACGAUAGAGAUUGGGUUACGUUGCCGUACUUUGAUACGGAAAAGGACGGGAAUGGAUUUCUCAACAAUGUGCUGAAGUGGCAGGACGCCGACGACGAACGCCUAGAAGAUAUAACGAUCUCGAGCACAAUUCAUUCCCAAAACAAUAGUCCACAAGACCAGUGCGUUCACGUGACCACAGCAGGCUGUGAGAACUUGGCCGAUCACGACUACAUUCAGGUCUCAUCGCAAGACGAGCUAAGUAGCACAGAGAAUGUAGAUCUUGUGGUGCAUUGUAGUUCCUCAUCCGUUGGUCAUGAAAAUAACAGGGAGCCCUCUCAUGAACAAUCUCCGGAUGGAGAUGCAUCCCAGCGUCGCUUACAGUCUCUGGUAUCGGUAGUGAAAAGAGUUAAGAUGUACUGGAGUGGCUGA